AUGGAAAACAAUGGAAACAAUAACUUCGACAACAACAUCAACGACAACAAUAACCAGGAAAACAUCUCCCAGGAACACCCCGCUCUACCCGAGACGCCAGCGGCGCUCCACCCUCACCCAACCCCGCGAGACCUCGCACUUGAGCCCGAGGCCUCUACCAGAGGUCUAACCCACGGAUUCCACCCUGGCGUUUCAGCAAUUCCUUCCUAUAAUUUAUUCUGUCCCAUCCUACAAUCAGCAAACACAGAACCAGAAACUGUCGAUUUGCUGAUUAAAAAAGAAAUCGAAAACAAAUUUAUGAUCGGUCCAUUUUCCGCUCCUCCAUUUAGUGUUUCACGCAUCAGCCCAAUAGGCAUUGCUACUCGAAAAUUCUCAGAUAAAAAAUGCCUUAUUAUUGACCUCUCUUCCCCGCAUAACUCCACCUUUCCCAGUAUUAACAGCACCAUCCAGCCAGAUGAAUUUUCGCUUCACUACCACGACAUAGACCAAGCUAUCUCCCUCAUCAAAAUAGCAGGACGUAACGCAUGGCUCGCCAAAGUCGAUAUCACUUCCGCAUUCAAAAUCAUGCCCAUUCACCCAGAUUUCUGGCACCUAUUCGGCAUCCGAUGGCGAUCAAAAUUUUACUUUGCAGUCCGACUUACCUUCGGCUGCAGGAGUAGCCCCAAAAUUUUCGAUACGCUUUCAGAAGCACUAUGUUGGAUACUAUCCAAUAAUUAUGGUGUUCCGUAUCUGAUUCAUCUCUUAGACGACUUCCUCAUCAUUUCCCCCCUGUCUUCACCGCCAGCUAAACACCUAGCGAUCACCCAAAAGGUUUUCGCUGAUCUCGGUAUCCCUCUCGCAGAGGAAAAAACUUCCGGACCCAGCACUUCCAUUGAAUUUCUGGGUAUAAAUCUAAACUCCAAUAAAUUCGAAGCUUCUCUCCCCAAAGAGAAAAUUGACCGCAUCAUAUCUCUUUCUCUUAUCUUCUUAGAGAAACAAGUAUGCACCAAGCGCGAACUCCUAUCCAUCCUUGGGCACUUAAACUUCGCGAUGCGAAUUAUCCCUCAGGGGCGCCCAUUCAUUUCCCACCUCCUCCAGCUCGCAGCUUCUGUUCACAGCCUAGAAGAAUCUAUUCUCCUCAAUGAAUCCAGUCGCGAAGAACUCAGCUUAUGGAUUUCCUUCCUUAAGCAGUGGAACGGCUGUUCCUUUUUCUAUAGCGACCUAAUCACAUCCCCAGUCGACAUUAGCUUAUUCACAGACGCUGCCCCCUCAGUCGGUUUUGGGGGUUUUUAUCAAAAGCAUUGGUUCGCCUCCACAUGGCCAUCUCAAAUGCUCAAUAUCCCUCAAAAUCAACACUCAUCAGCUCUUUUCGAACUAUAUUCCAUAGUUGUCGCAGCAAUCCUAUGGGGACACCAUUGGUCCGCCUCUUGCAUCCUUAUACAUUGCGACAAUGAAGCCACUGUACAGUGCGUAAAUAAAGGGCGCUCCCAUUCCCCACCUCUCACGCCUCUAUUAAGACGUCUAGCAUGGACAUCAGCUAAUAAACAAUUUAUCAUGAUUGCUAAACAUGUACCAGGAUGUAAAAAUCAAAUUGCUGACUCUCUCUCUCGUUUCUCUUUUCAGAAAUUUCAACUAUUGGCUCCAGGAGCGGACCCCCAUCCAACACCUGUCCCUCCCUAUUCAGAAACGAUCUUGCCAUAG